UCAGUCGGCUGCCGCCAGUCCGCUUAAUCAGUCUUGUGCAAUAAUUUCUCCGGUGCUCAAACAAAAAAACUAAUUUAGCCGGAAAGUUGUAAUUUGUUUGUUGUUAAUUAAGUAUUCUUGUUUUCAAGAUUCACGUAUAAGUGGUCACAGUUCGUAAAAACCAAGGUGGAACCUGUCGAAAAAACUUUGAGCUAAGACGAAAUCGGUGGCGGCGGUUCUUCCACUCGGCAGCAGCUGAAAGUGGCAUUUUUCGUCGCAUUUAAAUUUCAACUGAAAAUGGUGGACUCGCAGGAUUUGAAAAUUGACUCUUACAACGAGGAAGUAGAAGUUGCCAGCGACGAGGAGAUGUUUCCGCUCACAGGAAAUUCGCAGCAGUUGCAGCAGCAGCCCUCAAAUUAUGAGCUGAAAGACUGGGAUAGCCAAACUUUGGAGCUUUUCAACAGUCAAACUUAUGCAAAUGAUGCAAGUAAUAUUCUUAAAACUGGCGACUUUUCCACUGGUUCACAAGAUUAUGAGUUGCCUAUUUCAUUGAAAAGUUUGGAAAAUCUUGCACCAGGUGAAACUAUCGAUGUAGAAGUUUUGACCAGUGAAAUAGAAAAUGCCAAGCCAACAUCCACCAAUUUAGAACAUCUACGUCAAUUUCCAUCGGUUGAAUCGAUGACGUUGCCCUGGAUUAACUUCCAGGUCAGUUUACCAAGUGAAACCAGCGAUAAAACUAGUUGGAUGUAUUCGGAUAGACUCAAAAAGCUGUUCGUAAAAAUGGGUAACACUUGUACAUUCAAUGUUACUUUAUUGUCGUCCAUCGACCGGAACACAACCGUUCGCGCCAUGUUAGUCUGUUCGGCACCGGAAGAUCGUCAUCUGCCUGUAUCACGGUGUGAUAAUCAUCGGUGCAGUGACAAUCAAGACAUGCACGAUUACAUAAAAACACAUGUUGUUCGUUGUAAAAACGAGCAGGUCAACUACACAGGAACAAAAGAUGGAAAAACCUUCGAUGAACGCCUGGCAGUUUUGGUUCCGAUGGGAUACUCACCCAGAGGAGGCAUCACACUAGAAUUCGUUUGUCAAAAUUCCUGUCGAAACAUAAAUCGCCGGGCAACGGCCCUGGUUUUCACACUAGAGGAUCAAACCGGACGGAUUCUCGGCCGUCAAAUAUUCCAAAUUAAGAUCUGCACAAACAUCAAGCGGGACAAGCUAAACGAGGAGAAGACCGUAAUGGAAGAAUCUAUUCGGAAACGAAAAGCCACACAAGCCAUGGAACCAAAACGUGGCAAAAAGAUCAUGCGUUACCAUUCGGGACCGCUUCUUCAUUCGCAACCUUCCGGAGACCUAGCUAUUAAAGAAGAGUCCGGCAGCCGCCGGUGUGACAUCGAUCCCGUCACGAUGACGAUAUCAAUGCCGAACCGCCGAAUGGCCAAGCGUUUGCUGGAAAAUGCAAUCGGGAUCAUAUCGACGGCGGUAGUGCGGUGUUCCAGCGAUGUCGAACGGAAUGAUCUGAUGCAGUAUAUUCGUGACAUUCGGCGCAUUAAAUCGUCGUUCGGUUUGCCCAACAGCCAAAGCAGUGUGGACAGCGAUUGAAGCGUACCAUUAGCAAUUGCUACUUAGAGUUUAGUUUUUAGUUUGUAGAUUUGUAAAACGUUUGAAAAACAAAACAUAUUUAUUCGAUUAAGUUUUAAAGUAUUCGACAAAAAAUACCUGAUAAUAAUUUUGUGUAACAUUAUUUUAUAAAUCUAACACUUUUACGUAAGAUAAUAAUACCAGUGAUUUUUAAACUGAGAACAAAUAGCAUGUUGGAGCGAUCAAAUUCAAAUGUUAAAAUAUAAACUAUUGAAAACUAUGAGAAAAA